GUGGACAACCAAGUUCCAACCAUUUACGAAUAAAAAAGACAGAGUUAGAGAGUUUGGUCGCGGGGCGUGUGAAAGAAGAGAGAGAUGUUGAAGACUCCGGUGACGCCUUGGCAGGGGCAGACCUUCCUACUCUCCCGCUUUAAUGGCCAUAAUAACCUCCACUCCCCUCUCAUCUUACAAUUUCGCCCCUCCUCCACCUUCUUCUCCUCCCCAACCACUCUUCCUCGUAGUUUAUCAAUGGCCGCCGCCGCCGCUCAGUCAUCUACUCAGAGUGUUGCAGCUGGUGAUGAUGCCAAUGUUUUUCAGUUGAUUCAAUCUCAUCAGGAAAAGGCUGCUCGGCUUCCCCCAGUUGAGGAAAUCCGAACUCUACUUGAUCGUAGUGUUCGUGGAACACUCUCCACUUUUUCUCAGAAGCAUGAGGGUUAUCCAUCAGGAUCAAUGGUUGACUUUGCAUGUGAUGCAGAUGGAUCUCCAAUAUUAGCAGUUAGCAGCUUGGCAGUUCAUACUAAGGACCUUUCCCUUAAUCGCAAGUGCUCAUUGCUUGUGGCUAGAGACCCUGAAGAUAGGACUGAUUUGGUGGUCACGCUGCAUGGUGAUGCUAUUCCUGUUUCCGAGAAGGAUCAAGCAGCCAUACGCACUGCAUAUUUGGCUAAGCAUCCCAAUGCAUUCUGGGUUGACUUUGGCGACUUCCAAUUCAUGCGCAUUGAACCAAAAGUUGUGCGAUACGUGUCAGGGGUUGCAACAGCCUUAUUAGGAUCAGGAGAGUUCAGAAGUGAGGAGUAUAAGGCUGCAAAAGUUGAUCCAAUUGCUCAGUUUUCAAAGCCUGUUGCAUCUCACAUGAACAGGGAUCAUGCUGACGAUACAAAAGCCAUUGUGCAACACUCGACGUCGAUUCCGGUGGACUCUGCUUACAUUUUGGACUUGGAUAGCCUGGGUUUCAAUGUUAAGGCUGGCUAUCAGGGUGAUAAUUUCAAGCUCCGCAUACCUUUUCCUAGACGUGCAGAGAAUCGAAAGGAUGUGAAGACUUUAAUAGUGGAGAUGCUUCAGGCUGCAAAGCCUUAAGUGAGUUAAUCUCGCAGUAUAUAAGAAGGAUGUUUCAGCACCUCGCAACUGCCAUCACAGAGAUGGAAAAAUUUGAAUUUGUUGCAGAAGUUUGCUUGUUUCUAUGCCCGGAAAGAAAGUCUACAUAAUAGUAAGAAUCAUGGUUGCGGCAUCCACAUAAACUGCUUCCAAACUUGUAAUCGUGUAGCGUGAAAAGCGAUAUUGCAUAGUGCAUACGUAGAAUACAGACUGUAAAAUCUUCCGCCUUGUUCUUGUUUGUUUGACAGAUUGUGUAAAGAAAAAAAUAUUAUCGACCUCAAUGAGAAUUGAAUAUACAAGAAGUUGGGGUCUAAGCGCUUUUAUG